AAAACGUAACAAAGACAAUUAAAAAUGAGAGCAAAGACCACAUGCAUUUCCUCAUGCAUGUAUUAUUGUUUAUUUUUUUGGCCAGUUGAUGUAAGAAAUAUACACUGAUACACAUAUAUGUAUAUAGACACACUUUGGUUAGUUAUAAACUCGUUCUAUUUUCUUCUUCUUUUUCUAUCUUUAGCAAUGAACAUAUCAGUAAACGGACAGUCACAAGUGCCUCCUGGCUUUAGGUUUCACCCAACCGAGGAAGAGCUCUUGAACUAUUACCUUCGCAAGAAAAUCUCUAGUAUCAAGAUCGAUCUCGAUGUUAUUCCUGACGUUGAUCUCAACAAGCUCGAGCCUUGGGAUAUUCAAGAGAUGUGUAAGAUUGGAACGACGCCGCAAAACGAUUGGUACUUCUUUAGCCAUAAGGACAAGAAGUAUCCCACGGGGACUAGAACUAACCGAGCCACCACGGUGGGAUUUUGGAAAGCUACGGGACGUGACAAGAUCAUAUAUACCAAUGGUGAUAGGAUCGGGAUGCGAAAAACGCUAGUCUUCUACAAAGGUCGAGCCCCUCAUGGUCAGAAAUCCGAUUGGAUCAUGCACGAAUAUAGACUCGACGAGAGUGUAUUAAUCUCCUCGAGUGGCAAUGAUGGCGUCACCGUAGAAACGUGUGAUGUCAUAGGAGGUGACGAAGGAUGGGUGGUGUGUCGUGUUUUCAAGAAGAAGAGCCUUUGCAAAAACAUGAUUAGCAGCCCGGUGAAAACGUCGUCGUUCAACGUAGAGACUAUCGAGCGAAUUCUUGAAGAUAUGGGGCAAUCUUGUAAAGAAGUGAUAAUUUCAGACCCUUUCUUAAAACUCCCUAACAACACCACAAUCACGAAUUAUCAGCGGUUAACGGACGACCGAGUCAACAACUGCCACGUCAGCAAAGUUAUGGAUCCCAGCUUCGUCACAAGCUGGGCCGCUUUGGAUCGGCUCGUUGCCUCGCAACUAAAUGGGCCCAACUCGUAUUCAAUCCCAGCCGUCAAUGAGACCUCACAAUCACCGUUCCAUGGACUAAACCGGUCCGGUUAUAAUACCGGUUUAACGCCUGAUUAUUAUAUACCGGAGAUGGAUUUAUGGAACGAUACAGAUUUCGGGAGAACGACAACGUCAUCGUCCAACCCAUUGUGCCACGUGUCGAACGGUAUUGGAUAACGGAAAUGGAAGAGAGGAAGUGACAUACCAAAACAUUGUGUAGUAGUUGAAAUUUGAAACAUUUACGAUAAAAAUGGUCAGAUUGUGAUAAUUACAGUAGUUAUGUGAAAUCAUUACAGAAAAUAAAAGUUCUCUAUGACUGUUGCACAUUUUAUAUCAUGAUUUACUUUAUACAAAAAGAAUUGGGUCAAGAAUUUCUAUUUUUGAAACUUAAUUAUCAUUCGCCCAAAAAAAAAGCAAUUACAUUUGCCACUGUAAUAAAUCAUAGUCUGUCAUAUGGUUUGCCGGAUGUUUUAUAAUUACAAUUGACCAAAUGUUACCAAUAUGAGAAUUAAUUCAUCGACAAAUUAACUUUGAACAAAUAAUUUCCAUCACGUUCUUUUCUGUUCAAACUUUCUCAUUUUAUAUUCUAUUUACACUGAAUUUCUAUUUUCUAAGGAAAUCAUCGGCUAGGUAAUUAAGAUAUUCAGUUGGUAAAUGUUUAGUUUGAUGUUAAAUAUAUAUAUUUUUUUUGGUCCGCAAAUAGUUUGCUUCUUUCAUCAUUAGAAAUAGAUUAAUUACCCAAUUAAUCAACCCAACAAACUUGGAUUAAGAUGCAUCAAGUGCCUAAUCAUAGCUAAUUAACCUACCCAUCAAAGCUAAUCACACUCAUUAUUUUCAAUUAUAGCAUUUGAUCAAACAUUAUUCUUUUUGUUGAAUA